AUGGACGGGAACGCAUCUCUUAUCGUCGAUCAACAAAACCAACAAGGAGAGGGAGAAUCACAGGUAGCUGCUGCGCUAGAAGAUUAUCAGUCGAGGUGCUUCCUGAAAGAGUCCCUUCCCCUAGGCGUUGGGUUUAACCCUAGCGGCGCCGAACUGUUGGUACGCAAAGUUGCAUGCGAAGACACUUCUACCUUCGAUUUCUACACGCUCAGUCCUUUUUAA